GCGGCGCGGCGGCCUCCCUGCCUUUGGCUUCGACGUCCAGGUCUGCCGCUGCAAUGUGGUCCCCGGGCCCCGACCCGGGCCCCGGACCCGGCUCUGGCUUCAGUCUGGCGCACAUCCUCCCUCGUCACCAGCGGCCCAUCACCGUCAUGGUGUUGUUGGUGUGCCUGACGACCAGGGGCGGAGGCCUGCCCCCCAUCAUUAACAUCGGUGCCAUUUUCACCGAGGACCAACGAGACAGCGCCGCCGAGCUGGCCUUCAAGUACGCCGUGUACAGGGUGAACGAGGACCCCGUGCUGCUGCCCAACACCAAGCUCAUGUACCACAUCGAGUACGUCGCGAGGGAGGACUCGUUCCACGCCGCCAAGCAGGCGUGCCGACUGGUGGGCGGCGGCGUGCACGCGCUGUUCGGCCCCACGGACCACCUGCUGGGCACGCACGUGCACUCUGUGUGUGACGCCCUGGACAUCCCGCACCUGGAGGCGCGCCUCGAUAUGGACAUGCACUUUCGGGAGUUCUCCAUCAACCUGCACCCCAGCCAGGACAUGCUCAACCGGGCCUUCAUGGACCUCAUGGCCUUCCUCAACUGGACCAAGGUGGCCGUCAUCUACGAGGAGGACUACGGGCUAAUGAAGCUGCGCGACCUGGUGCGCCAGGACAUGGAGCUGUACGUGCGGCAGGCCGACCCCGCGUCCUUCCGCACCGUGCUCAAGGACAUCAAGGCCAAGGAGAUCUACAACCUGGUGGUGGACACCCGGCCCGACACCAUGCGCCACUUCCUCAGGGAGGUGCUCCAGCUGCAGAUGAACGACUACAAGUACCACUUCGUCUUCACGACUUUUGACAUGGAGAGCUUCGACCUGGAGGACUUCAAGUACAACUUUGUCAACAUCACGUCCUUUCGGAUCGUGGACGCCGAGGACAUGUCGGUGCGCGAGGUGCUCAAGGACAUGGAGCAGGUGCUCAACAAGACCAAGGGGAUUCAGUCCGAGCCCGCGCUGCUGUUCGACGCGGUGCACGUGUUCGCCAUCGGGCUGCAGAGCCUGGAGCAGGGCCACGCGCUGCGCCUCACCAACGUCAGCUGCAGCGAGGAGGCGCCCUGGGACGGCGGGCUCUCCCUCAUCAACUACAUCACGGCGGUGGAGCACAAAGGCUUGAGCGGCCCGGUGGCCUUCAAGGAGGGCCGACGCGUGCAGUUCAAGCUGGACCUGCUCAAGCUGAAGCAGCACGCCCUGGUGAAGGUGGGCGAGUGGUCGCCGCGCCAGGGCGUCAACAUCACCGACCACGAGGCCUUCUUCGACGCGGGCACCAUGAACGUGACCCUCGUCGUGGUCACCAUCCUGGAGACCCCGUACGUGAUGCUGAGGGACGGGCACGCCAACCUGACGGGCAACGAGCGCUUCGAGGGCUUCUGCAUCGAGCUGCUGCAGACCAUCGCGGCCACCGUGGGCUUCGAGUACACGCUGCAGCUGGUGCCGGACGGCAAGUACGGCGUGUUCGACCUGGACUCGGGCGAGUGGAACGGCAUCGUGCGCCAGCUCAUGGACAAGAAAGCCGACCUGGCCGUGGGCUCCAUGACCAUCAACUACGCGAGAGAGAGCGUCAUCGACUUCACCAAGCCCUUCAUGAACCUGGGCAUCAGCAUCCUGUUCAAGGUGCCGACGACGCAGCCCACGCGCCUCUUCUCCUUCAUGAACCCCCUGUCGGUGCACGUGUGGAUGUUCGUGGUGCUGGCGUACGUGCUCGUGUCCCUCACCAUGUACGUGACGGCGCGCUUCUCGCCCUACGAGUGGCGUGGCUCCCUCCACGACGCCAUGGCCAACCACUUCAGCAUCGUCAACUGCUUCUGGUUCGCCAUCGGCACCCUCAUGCAGCAGGGCUCCGACCUCAACCCCCGGGCCGCGUCCACACGCAUCGUGGGCGGCAUCUGGUGGUUCUUCACGCUCAUCAUCAUCGCCUCGUACACGGCCAACCUGGCGGCCUUCCUCACCGUGGAGCGCAUGAUCACGCCCAUCGAGAACGCCGAGGACCUGGCGGGCCAGACGGACAUCGCCUACGGCACCCUGGAGGGCGGCUCCACCAUGACCUUCUUCAGGGACUCGAUGAUCGAGACGUACAAGAAGAUGUGGCGGUUCAUGGAGAACAAGAAGCCGUCCGUGUUCGUGUCCACGUACGAGGAGGGCAUCCAGCGCGUGCUGCAGGGCAACUACGCCUUCCUCAUGGAGUCCACCAUGCUGGACUACAUCGUGCAGCGCGACUGCAACCUCACCAGCAUCGGCGACCUGCUCGACUCCAAGGGCUACGGCAUUGCCACGCCCAUAGGGUCGCCCUGGCGCGACAAGAUCUCCCUGGUGAUCCUGGAGCUGCAGGAGAAGGGCGAGAUCCAGAUGCUGUACGACAAGUGGUGGAAGAGCGCGGGCAGCACCUGCCUGCGCGCCGAGAAGGGCAAGGAGAACAAGGCCAACUCGCUGGGCGUGGCCAACAUCGGCGGCGUCUUCGUGGUGCUGCUGUGCGGCCUGGCCGUCGCCAUGACCGUCGCCAUCUUCGAGUUCUGCUACUUCACGCGACGCCUGACGGCGCGCUUCGAGAUGGCCUUCCCGCAGCCGUCGCUGUGCUCGCAGAUCGCCGACGAGCUGUGCAUGGCCGUGUCGUGCGACUCGCGGCCGCUGCGCCACGCCAUGGCCGCCGCCGUG